AUGAAACUACUUCUGGUCUUAUUGUCACAGACGGCCGUGGCGUUCGCUGACCCGUGGACCACGCCCGGGCCGGGUUUCGCAUGCUAUUGCCGACCGGACCCGCCUAUCUGCGCCAGCAACGGUGUGACCUACUCGGGCGAGUGCAACAUGCGCUGCGCCAACAACUGGAUCCCGGAGAAGCUGUACGUCGUCCACGACGGACCCUGCCCG